AACAGCUGUCUGAGACGGUGGAUUUCAGUUCAAACCAUCAAACUCCUCCCCUGCCACAGACAGGGCCACCUAAAUUAAUGAUUUAUUUUCUUCGUCCAAUCUCAGUAUAAAUAUGCCAGCAACUUCAGCAACUCUUCAUCCAAACCUACUUCAGUUGUUCAUCUGUUUACUAACAUUUCUUCAAUUCUUAGCUGUUUUUUUUUUUUGCUCAAUCAUUUUUUUAAGAUGGCCAAAAGAAAUGUCGCUGCUAAUUCUUCUUUUGAGAGGAGUACCUUGGCUUCUCUGGAUCAAAAGUUGGCCAUGGCCAAGCGCUGUUCCCAUGAGGGUGUGAUGGCAGGAGCCAAGGCUGCAGUUGUUGCUACUAUUGCAACUGCCAUUCCAACUCUGGCUAGUGUAAGGAUGCUACCUUGGGCAAAAGCCAAUCUCAAUCACACUGCGCAAGCUCUCAUAAUUUCCACAGUGGCAGGAGCUGCAUAUUUCAUAGUAGCUGACAAGACCGUUUUGGCAACUGCAAGAAAGAACUCCUUCAACCCACCCACCAAUGCAUGAAUUCCAAAUGGAUAAUUUGAAUGUUGCAUUCGGCUGCACUACAUUGGGAUAUCUUAGCAUUAUGACCCAAUAUUGGAAGUUAUCAUAUAUGUAAAUGUAUUUAUAAUAAUAUAGUAGAAGGCUUUGGGUUUCAAAAGUGAGAGACCACAUAUAUAUACCAAUCUAUCAGUUAAUUACAUGAAUGCAAGUUAUUCACCUUUCUUUCUACAGAA